ACCUGAAGCUAUAUAAGUUGAGGACAUUGAUCAAGAUUUUGCAUGAGCUUCACUUAGUUGUGUGUAAGUAACAUCUACCGUUAAAAAAAGAAAGAGUUCAAAGUUCUAACCAUGGCCUCUUCAAAUUUUGUGCCUCCAUCUCUAGCGGAAGAAGAAGCAAGAUUCGAAUCCGAAGUAUCAGAGGUACAAGCAUGGUGGAACUCUGAGAGAUUCCAACUAACCAAAAGAUCAUAUUCAGCUAAAGAUGUAGUUUCCUUAAGAGGAAACCUAAGACAAACCUAUGUCUCAAACGAGUUAUCCAAAAAGCUCUGGAAUCUUCUCAAAACUCACCAAACCAACAAAACAGCAUCAAGAACAUUUGGUGCACUUGAUCCGGUUCAAGUCACUCAAAUGGCAAAAUAUUUAGACACAAUUUACGUCUCCGGUUGGCAGUGUUCAUCCACACACACAACAACAAAUGAACCCGGUCCUGAUCUCGCUGAUUAUCCUUACGACACUGUCCCGAACAAAGUUGAACAUCUUUUCUUUGCUCAACUGUAUCAUGACAGAAAACAAAAAGAAGAGAGGAUGAAUAUGAGACGAGAAGAACGAGCACGGACGCCUUUUGUUGAUUACUUGAGACCAAUUAUAGCUGACGGUGAUACUGGCUUUGGCGGCACGACAGCAACUGUUAAGCUUUGUAAGCUUUUCGUCGAACGCGGUGCUGCUGGUGUUCAUAUCGAGGAUCAAUCUUCUGUGACGAAAAAAUGCGGUCACAUGGCGGGGAAAGUGUUGGUUGCGGUUAGUGAACAUAUUAACAGGCUUGUUGCUGCUAGGCUUCAGUUUGAUGUUAUGGGGGUUGAAACUGUUUUGGUUGCUAGAACAGACGCUGUUGCUGCUAAUCUUAUCCAAUCGAAUAUCGAUACUAGAGAUCAUCAGUUUAUUUUGGGCGUGACGAAUCCGAAUAUGAAGUGGAAGAGUUUAGUCACAGUUAUGGCACAGGGAUUCGCGGCUGGCAAGAGUGGAUCCGAGCUUCAGGCAUUGGAGGAUCAUUGGUUGUCGAAUGCGCAACUGAAGACUUUCUCAGAAGCAGUAACGGAUGCAAUUAAGAAUCAAAAUGCUAACGAGGACGAGAAAACGAGGAAGUUGAACGAGUGGAAGCAUUUUUCGAGUUACGAAAAGUGUCUUUCAAUUGAUGAAGGAAGGGAAAUUGCUGAGAGAUUAGGUGUGAGGAGCUUGUUUUGGGAUUGGGACUUACCUAGAACAAGAGAAGGGUUUUACAGGUUUAAAGGCUCUGUUACCGCGGCUGUUGUUCGCGGUUGCGCUUUCGCGCCACACGCGGAUCUUAUAUGGAUGGAAACAGCGAGUCCAGAUGUGGCUGAAUGCACAGAGUUUGCUGAAGGGGUGAGAUCAAAGCAUCCAGAGAUGAUGCUUGGUUACAAUCUUUCGCCGUCGUUUAAUUGGGAUGCUUCUGGCAUGAGUGAUGUGGAAAUGAGAGAUUUCAUUCCUAAGAUUGCUAAGUUAGGAUAUGUUUGGCAGUUUAUAACUGUUGGUGGUUUGCAUUGUAAUGCAUUAAUCACUUCAACGUUUGCUAAGGAUUUUGCUAGCAGGGGAAUGUUGGCUUAUGUUGAAAGGAUUCAAAGAGAGGAAAGGAAGAAUGGUGUUGAUACACUUGCUCAUCAGAAAUGGGCUGGUGCUAAUUACUAUGAUAGAUACCUCAAAACUAUCCAAGGAGGUGUUGCAUCAACAGCGGCAAUGGGGAAAGGAGUGACUGAAGAGCAAUUUAAGGAAACAUGGACUAGGCCAGGAGCAGUGGGAAUUGAUGGAGGCAAUGGCAGCAUGGUGGUUGCUAAGGCCAGAAUGUGAAAUUUAGUAAUUCACCAAUUUAAUAAUUGGAUUGAAAUAAAAUGUGGAAUGGAAUAAAUGUAUACUAUAAUAAUAUUAUUAAAUAGGCCAUUAAAUACAGACCAAAAACUAAAAUAAAAAUAGGCCAUUAAAUACAGACCAAAAACUAAAAUAAAAAUAGGCCAUUAAAACAUUGCUGUAUUUUUUGGCUGCAUAAUUUCUAUUAUUUGCUAGAUUCUUUAAACUUUCAUGCCUUAUGGGCUUGGGGAAAAGAUGACGAGUUAUUUUGUGUGUUUUUAAUUUGUAUCUUUAAUGUAAAAUUGCAUACAAAAUUGUAUAUUAAUUUUAUUAAAGUGUAAUUCAAAUUCGCAUUAGUUGUA